AAAGAAUGUAACAAAUCAGCCGAUAUUGUGGGCCACAGUCAUACUGCGUCUACCAUAGCAGCUUCGUCAUCGCCUUUUGCACCGUUUUCUUUACCUCGCACACCAAGUGAAGUUUCGAGGGCAAAAAUACCACACUGCUCACCAUGGCAAACCCCGUAAUGGAAGAGUUGAAGCAAAAGCAAGAUGCUCUAAGGGCGAGGUUCGUCGGCAAGCAGCUGUCCGAGGUCCCUACGCCCAGCGUCGUCCUUGACCUUAAACAGGUCAUGGUGAACUGUGAGCGCAUGCUCGAAGCAGCCGAAAACCUUGGCCUGCAAUGGAGAGCUCAUAUCAAGACCCACAAGACAACAGAGCUCACCCGCCUCCAAGUCGGAAACCACCUCACCAUUCCCGUCCUGCUAAUCGUCUCAACCAUCCUUGAAGCCGAAAAUAUCACUCCCCUCCUCAAAGAGUACCAAUCCAAAGACCGCCAUGUCAACGUUCUCUUAUCCUUCCCGCUCUUCGCAUCCGCCGUCCCCCGUCUCGCCGCCGUUUCUUCCCAGCUCGGCCCCGAUGGCUUAUCCGUUAUGAUCGAUCACGUCGAUCAGCUCCCCUACGUCAAGGCCAUCCACACUUCCUCAGGACACCCUCCCCGCGUGUUCAUCAAAAUCGACGUCAACUACGGCCGCGCCGGCGUCAAGACCGACUCUCCCGAGUACCCAUCUCUAGUCGACGUCCUCCUGGCUGCUGAGCGGGAAGGAUGGUUGGUGCUGCAUGGCUUGUAUACACAUGCCGGGCAGAGCUACGGGGCUCGCAAGCUCGGAGAUGCUAUGCAUGUUCUUCACGCUGAAUUCAUUCACGCCCAUAAUGCUGCCAUGAAGAUUCGCGAAAAGAGUCCGGACCAUGCUCCUCUGGUGUUAUCGGUAGGUGCGACGCCAACGGCGACGACGAUCCAGAGCCCUUGGUUUACGGGGGAGUGCGAUGUGCCCACGGCAAACUCGCAGGGAAGCAUGAGACCAUUUGAGGAGGAGCUUAAAGAGUUGUGGGGCGGUUGGCAGAAGGAGGGAUAUGUGCUUGAAAUUCAUGCUGGUGUUUACCCGACCCUCGAUCUCCAACAGGUCGCAACUCACGCACGACACAUCGGUCUUCUUUCUGAAGAAGAUAUCGGCAUCAGCGUAGUUGCCGAGGUCGCCUCCGUCUACCCGACCCGCGGUCAAAACUCAAAGCCUGAAGCCCUCAUCAAUGCCGGCUCUCUGGCCCUUGGCCGCGAGCCCGUGGGCCUAGACAAGAUAACGAGCAACAACGAGGAGACUGCCAAGCCGUACACUGGCUGGGGCGCCCUGAUGCCCUGGGGCGUUCUAGCAGGAACGGAAAAAAAGGACAGGAGCGGCAAGAUUCUCGGCGAGAGGUUUCCUAAUGACUUUAGGGGCUGGCAGGUCGGCAAGAUCAGCCAGGAGCACGGUAUUUUGACUUGGGUAGGGGAUGAAGGGAAGAAGGCGCCCGAACUUAAGGUGGGUGAUAGGGUAAGGGUGUGGCCCAACCAUGCUUGCAUCAUGGGGGCGGGGUUCGAGUACUAUCUGAUUGUUGACUCGAAUUGCCGGGGGCAGGAGGAUAAGGUUCGCGAUGUUUGGUGUAGAUGGAAUGGGUGGUAAUUAUUUACGAACGGGGUAAAGAUCAAAGGGCUUCCGAAGCGAGGAUAGAGAGGUCAAAAUCACCCAACUUCAACAAAUUAAUUUCUGAUUUUGAUCCAUGCAUACAAAGAUGAAAUAUCACUUUCCUAGGAUUGUUA